AUGGAACAUGCUGAUGAUGCUGGAUUCCCCGGAGGACCUACGUUGAGACAUGUGUUGACACAGUAUGAGCACCACGUGGCUCGGCGACUAUGGGAAGGAGAGGAUCGUGGACCGUUAAAGGUCAUUACUCAUGGAUUGAAGUUGAAGAAGUUUUCUGAAGUUCCUGUGCCACAUCCUGUAGAGCAUUGGAUUCGGGAAUCUGGGCUGCUACCUCUUUCUUCGGCCUACCUCACUAUGGUUGAUGCUGGUCUCGUCUCGGCAUUUAUUGAAAGAUGGCACAGGGAGACCAGCUCAUUUCAUUUGCCAUUUGGAGAGAUGACCAUUACUUUAGACGACGUAGCUACUCUCCUUCACAUAUCACCGAAUGGUAAAUUUUUUGAUGCACCUGUGAAUAUGAGUACUAAUAAUGCUGCUAGAGCUGCACAUGAGUACUUAGUGGCUGCGUGA